GUGUGGAGGGACGAAUUAUAGGUUUAUUACAAUAACAUAUCCGUGUAGCUAUCAUGCCAAUUUAAAGAAACAAAUUAUAGUAAUUAAUUGACUGUAAGGGUUAAACAAGAAACUUUGCUGAAGGAGGGAAUACCUCUUGAGGAGGAAGCAGGAAGUGUGUUUGUUUUUCUUUCUUUUUUAAUUUUGCUCUUUGGCCGAUGACAGUCGCCUGCUUAUUAUUAACUCCAUACUGCUCAGUAUAGCGAUACACCUUCUCUGUAUCGGAUGAACAAAAAAAAAAAAUUACACCAACUUUCCCCUUGGACUGGGGAUCCCCCAGGAGACAGCGAGGUCUUCUUCUUUAAGGACAAAUGAAAAUGAACUAUGAGAAGAUACUUUGCUUUGUACUUUCCUUCAUCACCGUUACCUUUGGUGAGUUCCAGGUCUCUCCUCCAUUUACAGAGGUGAAUGCAGUCGUCAAUUCCGAAGUGCUUCUCCAUUGCAAGUUCACUUUGGUAAAACAUAAUCAUGGCCUGAAAUUCUUGCUUCUUACCUGGAAGGUCAAAGAUGCAGAGCUGGCAAAGGUGAAGUAUGGUGAAGUGACAUCCAGCGACAAAGUAGCACUCUUUGAAAAUGAGAUUCACAGAGGAAAUGGAUCCUUACUUUUGAGGAAUAUCAACAUUCAGGAUGAAGGGGACUAUAUGUGUGACGUUUACGAGGCUCCAAGGUCUGGGACUUGUACAGUUCGGCUUAAAGUUACAGCUCCUCCAAAAGUCUCCCUGAACCCACCUAUAGUGGUGGGCAAUGUGCCAACAACCUCGGAGUGCCGUGCAGAGGGCUUCUACCCUGGAAACAUCUCCAUAGAUUGGGUUCAGGAAUCAAGUCUACUCUCAUCCCAGGGGCCACUGCAGCUGCACAAGAAUACAAAUGGCACUUUUACGGCAUGGAGGCCCUACAACUACACACCUGAAAAAGAUGGGAAAAAGCUGUCCUGUGUGGUGAAGCACGAGUCCCAGGAGGGAAGUCUUCCAUUACAGAUCUGUAACCCAUCACUGUCGGUGUCACACAGAACUCUGCUAAGGAACGAGAAGAGGAAUGUCACAUGUAUGUUGGGCGGCUGCCAUUUCAAUAAGGUGACUGUGAGCUGGAAGCAAAAUGGCACAACGUUUAAUAAAUCGGAGUGUGAAAGUGUGCAGGAGUGUGCAAGCAACAUUGUCAUCAUGCUGUCCAGUGCAGAAGAUCGAGUGAACUUCACCUGUGAAGCAAACGUGGAAGGGCUCAGCCAGCCAUUUAUUGAAUUUGUCACUUUUAUUGCAAAAGAUGCAGAAAUACCUCCGACCCAAAAUGUCUUAUGGGUUCUCUUCCUUUUACUGCUGAUCUUUGCUCUUCUGUUUUGGAGAAUUUAUGCAGCAUGUCAUAGGCCUUCUGAUGCAGACACUGAGCGAGGGCACGUCUCAAGACGCAGAAGACCUUCAAUGGAAAGAGGCAUCCAAUUGGAGUGUCGAAAAGAAAAAUCACAGAGAAUGAAAGGCACGACAGAUGAAGAUGCAAGAUUCAGGAAGAGAGGCAAUAAUCAAAAGGGUAAAAAGGGUAAAAGGGUACAAGGCAGCGGUGAAAAGAACAUAAAAUCUCCAAGUGAAAAGUCAGCUGAGCAACCCAGACAACAAAAAAAGGGAAAGAAGAAGCAGGCCUGAGUCAUUCCGAGGAGUUUCUAUGACAUUUUUGACUGCCAACUGUGUCCUUUCCAUCCCUCUUACCCAUUGUGCUACCUUCUCCUUUAUAGUUCAUCUGCUUACAAAUGUCUUCUAUUUGUCUAUGAAACCUGCUGGUCAUUUUGGAACAUGCAAACUCCAUGAUAUCCAGGCUUGAGGUUGAAACCAGGAGCUGUACAGAAACAGCAGCACCAUUACUCUCUGUGUCGCCAUGUGCUUAGUCUGGUUUCAUUUCACAUCACAAUUUUGUUAAGUUAUUUGGCGACUCUAAAUUGACCCACUUUAUGUAUGUGAAUUAUUGUGGGCAUCCUGCGAUGGACUGUCACCCUACUCUGCAUUGGCUCAUUAUAUGGGUCUGGUGCAACAAAGAAAACCUCUGAUACAUUGUAAUUGAACAAGAACAGAAAUCUUUGCCACAUGGGGCGAAACCUGGAGUAUCCAGACUCAACUAAUGAGGUUUAAAAACAAACUUCUCAGAGUCUGUAACCGCUGGAGUGUUUGGUUUGGCCAUCUUUUGUUUUCCAAAAAAAAAUAUUAAGUAAACACUGGAAAAUGAUUGCUGAAAACAUCUCAGCAAAGAAAUCGGAACAAGAGAGCAAUCUUCUAUACCAGUGAAAGGCAACCUUUUUCGAGUUGCGGAGCACUAAGUCCAAAAAUUUUCUUUCGCUGCGCACCUGAGGGAC